UGCUGGAUUCACAUCCAAAAUUAACAUAUCACAGGUAAACAAUUCAACAUGUCGAAGAGCCUUGCUGGACGUAAUGCCAUCGUCUCUGGCGGCUCGCGAGGUAUCGGGAAAGGUAUUGCUCUGGAGCUGGCCAAACGUGGAGCAAACGUUCUGAUUACCUACGAGAAGUCCGCCAAGGCUGCUGAGGGCGUAGUUGAACAGAUUGAAAAGCUCGGAACGAAAGGAAUGGCUCUCCAGGCAAGUUGUCUGGACAUUAAAUCUCCUGGCAAGAUUGUGAAGGCACUUGUCGAAGCGUGGGGUAAAAUUCAUAUCAUCAUCAAUAACGCCGGGAUCGGUGACGAUAUCUUCCUGGAAGAUUUGACGGAAUCAGACUUUGACCGACAUAUUAUCAUUAAUGUCAGAAUGCCCAUCUUCUUGGUCAAGGCGGCCAUGCAAUUUUUUGGUGAGGCUCCCCGGAUUGUCAACGUGUCCAGUAUCAUGGCGCGGGUUGGUAGCCCCCAAGCAACUGCCUAUACCGCUUCAAAGUCAGCUUUGGAAGGAGUCACCAAAGUGCUCGCCAUUGAGUUGGGCCAUAAGUAUGGAGCCACCGUGAACUGUGUGAAUCCUGGUCCAGUGGAAACCGAUAUGUGGCUACAGACAGAUAAGGACGUACGAGAUAUGUGGGAGGCGAAUAAGGCUGCUGAAACUCCCGCAGCACCACGGAUUGGCACAGUAGACGAUAUUGCGCAGAUUGUGGCAUUUUUGAGUGAGGAACAGAGCCGAUGGACUACUGGUAGUACGGUGUGCGCCAAUGGAGGAAUGGUGUGUGUAUGAGAAGACUUAAACUGAUUUUAAGCCUACUAUACUUUACAAUAAAUCCCUGUUCAUACCUACCUUCUUUCGGAACUAUCUACAAGCUACUAUCAACAUAGCAUGGUUAUACUUGUUUCUCUCCGUCGAUGUGUGCCUUGGAUUCCCUAGGCAUUUGCUUGGCCGCUUUGUCACAUGGCGACCGAUACGAUCACAUAUCUCUUACGGCUGCUAUUAUCAUAACCUACUAAAACCAAGGCAGUAUCUGUCUUAUUCUUGCAGGCUUGAAAAAUAUUGUCUUUAUUCUCUCCGCCGUUUGGUUGCAUGACUGGCGAGUAAGAAUCCCAAAGGGCUCUUCUCGUUUAUUUUGCUU